CUAAACCCACAACAGUAAAAUCAAUCUGUAUAUGCAGUAAAGCAUGCUUGUUAUACUCACUGUGGAACCUAAGGGGUUAAUCCUCUGCAUAUUGUAAAAAGGCAGUUCGAUCCUUUCUUCUCUCAACCCCCUCUUAUCUCCAGACUGAACUGUAGGCAUGCACAUGAUCCAUUUGGAGUGUUUUACUGGAGAGGUUUUUUUUCUUGAGAGAGUGCAUGUGAUCAGCACAGGGCCAAUCAGCACUGUCCAGACAGAGGUCAGGGGAUUUGCAUCCUCUUAGAGCAG